GCCGCCCAUUGCCUCGAGGUCAGCUGACGUCCGUCCGGCUCUCCGCAGAAGCCGCCAGUGCUGGUUUCUGCACGCUGCGCAGCGCUCGCUCCUCUCUCCUCGCCGACGGACUGCCGGCUGCCAGAGGUCCAGGCAACCUAACAGCAUGGAAUCAUCCAACGACUCUCGAGGUCUCCCUCCUUCUUGGAUCAAUAACGAAUUCAUAGAAACUGUCCUGAAAAAUAAAGAAGGGGACCAAGUUUCUGUAGAUUCAACGAAAGUACAAUACGCGUGUGCGGAAGGAUCUGGCUACUCAAGUUUAUUGUUCAGAGUCACUAUCUUUCUAAAGGGAGCAGACGACUUAGAAGAGGCGAGGAAGGAAUCGCUACUGGUGAAAACAGCUCUUCUAUCUGGACCCAUGAAGGAACUGCUAGACAACUGCCAAGUGUUCAGAAUCGAGUCACGAAUGCUGCAUGAGGUGAUGCCUCAAGUCCACAAGCUCUUGGCACCAUUGGAGGGUGAGGACUUCCGGCCGCUGACAGCUCGCUGCUACGACUGGGGACAGCAGCCGGCAGACUUUCUGGUGCUGGAAGAUUUGUCAGCAGCCGGCUUCAGGAUGGCUGACGCGGGACGACCUCUGGACUACCAGCACUGCAAAAUGGUCCUGCGAGCUUACGCCAGGCUGCACGCCUCCUCAGCCUGUCUGAUUGACAGGCAACCCGACUACAAGAGCGCGUUCACUGGGAAUAUGUUCACAGACAAGAAUACUAAGGAAUAUUUCAGAUCAUUGGGGGGUAAGAUCAUGUGUGCACUGGCGGACGAGCUAAACAAAUGCCCUGGGUAUGAAAAAUAUGCCGAAAAAUGCAGGACUUUCAUGGACCGCGUCGCUGAUACCGCAUUUGAUGUAUAUGAGCGACUCAAGGACAACGCCAAGCUGUGUGUAUUGAGCCAUGGUGACUGCUGGAAGAACAACCUGAUGUUUAAGUACGUGAACGGAGCACCGUCAGAAGUCAGAUUUGUCGACUUUCAGGUAUCAACAGUGACAAGUCCAGCCUCGGAUCUACAGUACUUCCUGUACGCGAACGCCAGCGAAGAUGUCCAUCGGCACCACAUGGAGGACCUGCUGCGCGAGUACCACAGCACGCUGGUGGGCCUGCUGCAGCGUCUGGGACUGGAACAGGAAGCUGAGGUCUACACCUUCGAGGAGCUGCAGAAGGAGAUGGACGGCUGUCUAGUCCUAUCAUUUAUGUUCAGUGCCAUGAGUGGCUUCGUUCUGACCUCUGAAAAGUACGGCGCAGAGUUUAUGAAGGCAUUCAAUGACCCGGAGCAUGCCGGCGAAGCUCUCGCUAAGACCUAUCAAAAUCCGUAUUCGUUAUCCUACAUGAAGUACCUGACACCUAUUUUUGUCAGUAAAGGAGCUUUGUGAUCACUUGUAUUAUACGCGGCUUCAAAGUUCGAAGUAUGUGACAGUUUGUAAUGGCAAGUUGGUGUACUCAUCUACGUCCCUGAAAGUUACUGCGAGUGGAGGGACGACUUUUGUAACAGCGAGCCAAUGCUAUUACGUAAUUAUCUGCAACUUUCGGAUCAGUAGCCAAACGGAUCAGCAUUGUGCUUCACGAAAACAUGAUCGUAUUCGUGACGUCUUUUUACAACAGGCUUUCUCUCGGAGUAUUGUGUAAUUACUACAUGAGGUUUUCACAAACAUUGUUCUCAAUUUCGAAUCCUUCAACAGUUCUCAAAUAUAAAUUCUUCUCUUCAUGUGGUAUACUGGAUAUGGUGGACACAGCUACCCUGUGUAUAUUUGUGUCACAAAGAACAUGUGAUAAUAUGUAUAGAUCUUUGAAUGUUUGUCUAUUUUGUAGCCGCCGCAUGUAUGAAGACAGUAUUCACUACGUUCGUAGUAUGAGUUGCUCGUCAUAAAUAUGGGACAAAAAGGAAACAGGAAGUGAUUUUGUAUGCGAGUGAAGUAAGCCUUUGAUCCCUUCCACCUUGCUUUUGGAUCCGUAACACACAGUUUAACGGAUGAAAGCAUGAAAAAUUUUAGACUAACUGCUCUUGUGCCGAUGAAUAUUGUUUCAAAAACAUGUAAGAAUUCUUAGCAUUUGAUAUAAUAGACGAAAAAAUA